GGAAGGAGGGAGGUGGGCGGAGGGAGUAGGGAGCAGGACAGAGAAAGUAUGCUGCAGCCCGGAACAAUCACUUACACACAGAUUAACUAAGGGAGGCACUAAAGAAAAUACUUAAUAAAACAAAGAUUUUAGACUGGGGAAGGAGCAGGACGCACUGUCAUUUUGCACACAAAUGUCCUAAGAUGGACACUGAACAUUGAAACCAAGUAAUGAGUGACAGCAGUGAAGGAAUCAUUUUCUCUGUACCCUGUUCACCACUGCCUGGAUCCAGCUGCUGUGUUUACGAAGAUACGGGAGGGCUUACACAACGGGGAAAUGCCGCCAUAGGCGGUGGAACCAAGAUGCCUGAAGCUGGUAGCUUCUGGCGUGAAGAUUAUCUCCAUGUUGCAACGGUUGGCACUGGCUGUAAUAAUUCUGCCCUCCCCUGUGGAAAGUGGUUCAACCCGGCUCCUACAACCGGUGGAGGUAUCAACAUUCGCAGGAUUACUGUCGUUUAUGUUAUCAAUGAAGUGAGCCCAGAGUUGCAUGCUUGUGAGACUGCUGCAUUAAACACUUUACAAGAGGCGUGCGACAACCAGGGAGCAUUGCUUGAGACCUUGCAUUUUGGCAAACUGGACUUUGGGGAGACAUCUGUGCUGGACACUUUCUACAAUGCAGAUAUUGCAGUGGUUGAGAUGAAUGAUGCUUUUCGACAGCCUUCCUUGUUCUACCAUCUGGGUGUAAGAGAGAGCUUUAGCAUGGCCAACAACAUAAUUCUUUACUGUGACACAAACUCAGAUUCCCUGCAGUCGCUGAAGGAAAUUAUCUGCCAGAAGAAUACUAUGUGUACAGGUAAUUACACAUUCAUCCCUUAUACGAUCACUCCACAAAACAAGGUGUUUUGCUGUGAGAGUAUUUUCAUGAGAGGAAUGACUGAGAUAAUGCAGCCGAAUCUUGAGUUACUUCUUGGUCCCAUCUGCCUGCCCCUAAUGGAUCGCUUUGUUCAGAUUCUGAAGGUGGCGCAGGUCACGUCAUGCCAGUAUUUUCGAGAGGCAAUUCUAAAUGAUAUUAGAAGGGCUCGGGACCAAUACACUGGGAAGGAACUGGCUGCUGAGCUAAUGAGGAUCCGCCAGCGUGUGGACAACAUUGAGUUGUUAUCACCUGACAUCAUUAUCAAUCUGCUUUUGUCAUACAGAGAUAUCCAGGACUAUGAUUCAAUUGUGAAGUUGGUGGAAAUAUUAGAGAAGCUUCCAACCUUUGAUUUAUCUUCCCAUCAUCAUAUAAAAUUUCAAUAUGCAUUUGCAUUAAACAGGAGAAAUCAUCCAGGUGACAGGGGAAAAGCCCUUGACAUAAUGCUGCCUUUGGUUCAAAUUGAGGAUCAAGUAGCAUCAGACAUAUACUGCAUCGUGGGACGGAUCUACAAAGAUACGUUCUUAGAUUCUAACUUUUUGGAUGCAGAAAGCCGUGAUAAUGCUAUUCAUUGGUACAGGAGGGCCUUUGAAUCUGAACCAACACUUCACUCUGGAAUCAAUUGUGCGGUGCUACUUCUAGCUGCUGGUCAUCAAUUUGAGAAUUCUUUUGAACUAAGGAAAAUCGGAGUUAAGCUGAGUAGCCUGUUGGGUAAAAAAGGAAACAUCGAGAAACUCCAAAGUUAUUGGGAUGUUGGAUUUUAUUUGGGGGCAUGUAUGCUGGCCAAUGACUUGGCAAAAGUCAUCCAAGCAGCAGAAAAGCUUUUCAAGCUCAAGCCCCCAGCAUGGUUCUUAAAUUCAGUUGUUGAGACCAUUUUGAUUUAUCAGCAUUUUAAAAAACCAAACCAAGAACAAGAAGUAACAAACCAUGAACUGGUUGAUUUUUGGAUGGAUUUUCUUGUUGAAUCUACAAGUAGCAACGUGUCUGUGAUAAGAUUUCCUGUCUUAAUACUAGAACCAACAAAAAUCUACCAGCCUUCCUAUCUAUCAAUCAAUAGCGAAGCUGUAGUUAGGACAAUAUCAAUUUGGCAUGUUCUACCCGAUGAUAAGAAGGGGAUCCAUGAAUGGAAUUUCCCUGCGGAUUCCAUCAGAGGUGUAAGCAUUUCAAAGUUUGAAGAAAGGUGUUGUUUUCUGUAUGUGCAGCACAAUUCUGAUGACUUUCAAAUAUAUUUCUGCACAGAACUACACUGCAAAAAAUUCUUUGAUGAAGUAAACGGUAUAAAAGAAGCAAAUGGAAAUAAUACAGAAGAAGGGGAGUGUGAUGGAGAUUUAAUGGAGUUUGACUAUGAGUAUGAUGAAAACGGUGACAGAGUGGUUCUCGGGAAAGGGAAACAUGGAGUGGUAUAUGCAGGAAGAGACUUAAGUAACCAGGUCAGAAUAGCCAUUAAAGAAGUUCCAGAACGAGAUAAUCGAUACUCUCAACCACUUCAUGAAGAGAUUGCUUUGCAUAAACGUUUGAAGCAUAAAAACAUUGUCCAGUAUUUGGGAUCAUUUAGUAAAGGUGGUUUCAUUAAAAUAUUUAUGGAACAAGUUCCUGGAGGAAGCCUCUCUGCACUUCUAAGGUCAAAAUGGGGACCCUUGAAAGAAAAUGAACAUACCAUUGGAUUUUAUACCAAACAGAUCCUUGAAGGCUUGAAAUAUCUGCACGAUAAUCAGAUAGUUCACAGAGAUAUCAAGGGUGAUAAUGUGCUUAUAAACACAUACAGUGGUGUGCUGAAAAUCUCAGAUUUUGGCACUUCAAAGAGACUUGCUGGAAUUAACCCAAAUACAGAAACCUUCACUGGCACUUUACAGUAUAUGGCACCAGAAAUCAUAGACAAAGGACCAAGAGGAUAUGGAAAGCCGGCAGAUAUUUGGUCUCUGGGAUGCACAGUUAUAGAAAUGGCAACAGGAAAACCACCAUUUUAUGAGCUUGGAGAACCACAAGCUGCCAUGUUUAAAGUGGGCAUGUUCAAAAUUCAUCCAGACAUCCCAGAAUCUAUGUCUGUUGAAGCUAAGGCCUUUUUGUUACAAUGUUUUGAACCAGAUCCCGUGAAACGUGCAACAGCCACUGAGCUUAUUGUGGAUGAAUUCUUGAGGGUGUCCUCUAAGAAACGCAAAUCUCAGCUUAAGCUUACAACUUUUUCGGCUGGCUCAAACGAAUAUCUCCGUAGCAUAUCUUUGCCUGUGCCAGUGAUGGUUGAAGAUACAAGCAGCAGCAGUGAAUACAGUUCCGUUUCCCCAGACUCAGACUUAAGGUCGGACCCAUUCACUUUUAAAACAAGAGCCAGGUCAUGUGUAGAAAAGGAUAUCAAGCGUAACAGAAGUUUAUUUCUGGGAAUCCCAGAUGAGAACUUUGAGGACCAUAGUGCUCCUCCUUCUCCUGAAGAAAGAGACUCUGGAUUUUACAUGCUGAAGAAAGAUAGUGAAAGGAGGGCUACAUUGUAUCGUAUUCUUACAGAGGAUCAGGACAAGGUGGCUAGAAACUUGAUGGAUGCUUUAGUCCAGGGAUCAGAAGUAAAAUUAAAAUGGGACCACAUUACCUCUCUUGUUGCCAGCCUGAAAGAGUUUGUAAGAUCUACUGACAGGAAAAUCAUUUCAACAGCCCUUUCAAAACUCAAACUUGAGUUAGACUUUGACAGUCAUGCCAUCAGUCAAGUCCAAAUGGUGCUUUUUGGCUUUCAAGAUGCAGUAAAUAAAGUGCUACGGAAUCAUAACAUAAAGCCUCACUGGAUGUUUGCCUUAGAUAAUAUAAUUCGAAAGGCCAUUCAGACAGCUGUCACUAUACUGGUACCUGAACUGAGGCCACAUUUUAGCAUUACAUCUGAAAGUGACCAAGCAGAUCAGGAGGACAUAGAAGUAGAGGAAAGAAGUAAACCACCCACAGAAGAGGCCAUUCUCAUAGAAGUCAAGGAGGACAAUGUGCAGACCUCAGGAGUGAGCACACUAAGUUCCACUUUGUCCCACAACUCUCAGAAUGCCCACAGGUCCCUGAAUAUGCAGCUGGGAAGACUAAGGUUAGAGUCAAACAGGCUUAUGGAAGAAUUGUUACUUAAAGAGAAAGAAUUCCAAGUUUUACUACAACAAGCUAUUGAAGUAAAAGACAGGGAAAUCAAACGCCUGCAAUGCACAUCUGAGCCAAUAAGUAUCCCAGGCACUGCUGUAUCUCGCACAAGGCCAGCUAUCUCAGGCAGUGAAGAACUUGUUUACUGGCUACAAAAGCACAGAGUAGAUGAAGAUACAAUAAACAAGAUUGUGGCAGAAGACUAUAAACUUGAGGAUAUUCUAUGUCACGUCACGCGAGAUGAUUUAAAAUCUCUGAAUCUGAGGGGAGGAGCACUGUGCACAAUAUGGAAAGCAAUCACUGACUACAGAGAAAAACAAGUCCCCUGAUGAGUCCACUAAAGCCUUAAGGAUCUUCUGUGCUGUAGCCUGAAAAAAGAGGCAUCUCUGAGACACAGCUGAAUUUUUUGUAAUAGAACAUUUUGUAAAGAACAUUUGGUAAUAGUCAUAAAAGUUGAUCUUAAAGUUUGUUGCCAAGACCUUAAUGGAAUAGUUAAACUUCCAAAAAAAAUUAUUUUCAGGUACCAUGUCACAAGUAAUGACAAUUUGCAAUUUUUUUGCCGCUUUUCUAAAAUGUUCAUUGGAAAAUUGCUAAAUUUUUACUCUGUUUUCCAGUAGCAGCUCAGCAAGUUUAAGCUGAAAUAAUGUGAUAUAUUACAUUGCAUCAGUUGAUACAUUGUCCAGCAUGUUAAUUCCCUUUUGACCAUGCUGCAAUGUUUCAAUUUGGUCAAGCUGAUAUGAAGUUUUGUAAAUGUAAUUGCUUUUGAAAGCCUUAUUUAUUUGUCACAUUCUGUUCUCUCCAUAGUGACUGUACCACUGUAGUUAUCUCUCCUUCAACCAGACUCUACUUUCCACAGGGUCUUCAUGUUUUGACUUAACUGACCUGUUAACAAGGUGAAUCACAAGAGCAUACAAGGCACUGUGGAAAAUUUCUACCAUUUAUGCACAGAUGUUCAACUUGGAUUUUAGUUUCUGUGCAGAUGUAAGUGUUUAAGCCUGAGUUAUAUAUUUAUAUUUUAAAUCUUAGCAGAAGGGAUGCAUUAAAAGUUAAAGAAAAUCUUGAGAGUAAUAAAGACGUACAGAAAAACCAUGGAGUGUUUUGAAAAAUACUUAUUUAAUGCAAGACUUAUAUUUUGACAAUAUAUGGUUGCCUUGUCCUUUAAGAGAAUUUUGAGCAAUCAACAGAACAAUUCAAUAAAUCAUUGAUAUACUGUAGCAGUCAUUCGCUCAAGAUUAUCUAGGACACUAAAUAAAAGUUCGUCCCAAAGCUUGCCGUACCUUGCCCUGCCCUGGGCUUAUAGAUGUAUCUAGAGGCAGCAAAGGCAUUUCCCUAAACCUCACCCUAAUUGGCCUUACACAUGGGUUAUGAAUUUAACAUACGUUUAAACGCAGGUUUUAGCACAAAUAAAUGCAUUUGCUAAUUGAUUCCAUUAUGUUCUGCCUGGUUGUGCUAAUGAGCGUUCUGAGUUGAGUUUUACUACAUUUUUAUUUCAGUGAUUUUGUUUAGAUGCAACAUGUUGCAUUUUCUUGCGCUUGACGCACAUUCAGCCAUCAAAAGAACAGAGGGUUGCAUUUGGAAUGGAAAAAAACACAGUUGUAUUUAAAAAAAACUAAUUUAUAUACAAUAUAUGCGUUUUAUCACGCCCAGCAAGGCUGAGACCUGCUCCCCAUGCCACCCAUCCAGUCACAAAAUUUGGAAACCACUUGUCAUUACUAUGCAUGCUAAGCGACUAUUGAUAAACAAGAGAAAUGCUAAAUGAAACAAAAUAAUUUUCGAAAAUAUUAAAAAAUAUAGAGCAUUGGAAAGAAAUGUAAUUUUAUGUGGUGAACAUUUCUAAAAUAAUAAUUUUUUUCCAGUUUUUAUAUGACACUUCUGUUUGCAGCAAUCACUAUUAAUAUUUCAUGGCUAAAACUAAGCUAUAAAAAAAAUAUCAAAAUUACAAUUGCCAUUACGGGUGUCUUUAAACAUUACUGUGUUAUAUUUUGUUUAAAUAAAAUUAUAAAGAGAACAACAUGCAAUAUUCUGUGAUUUCUGGUAGGCAAUAGCAGCUGUUACUGCCAUAUACAGUAUAGUCAGUAAAGAAUGAACGUGAACAUUAGAAGUGUGUGGAACUCUUGUAACACUUUACACCAGAAAUAAAGACUGCAGUGCAACUGCACAAUUCUACAGGUACAAAGUUUGUUCCAAUCUAGCAAUCUACAGUAACAAAAUUUGCAGGCAUCAUUUACUGGUCAAGAGUAAUGUAAUAAAAAGGCAACAAUUGACCAGUUAUAUUAAAACAAAUGGUUUCUCUGAAGCAUCUGACCAGUUAAAGCAACAUGUAUUGGUUUCUAUAGGCAUUGCUAAGUGUAAAACUUUUAUUAGCUUCUCUUACUUCACUACCCUCUCACUUCUUUGUUAGCACAUACUAAGAAUGUUGAAAUCUUGAUGUAAAACCUAUGCAAUCCGCAGGUAUCUUUUCAUAAUAGAGUCUUUUUGAAUUUCUACUUUAUGUAAUUGUUGUGUUUUUAUCAAAUUCUUUGUAACAAAUAUGUAUUUUGAGUUUUAUAAAUUUAUAUCUUUGA